AGUGCACUUCUUUAUGGAUUAGAAGUGUCAACCCUGUAUGCCCGACAUGUCCGACAACUGUCUGUCCUGGUCCAACGCCAUCUUCGUGGACUAAUGGGCAUCACCUGGCAGGACCGCAUAUCCAACGUGGAAGUCCUGAGGAGGGCGGGCAUGCCUGCUAUGGAAGCCAUGAUUACCCGCUCACAACUCAGAUGGACCGGUCACGUCAUCAGGAUGUCUGAGGAACGACUGCCACGGGACCUGCUGUACUCUGAACUGAGAGAGGGGUCAAGGCCCCGAGGUAGACCACGGCUGCGGUACAAGGACACUUUAAAACGUCGGCUUGGUCUGGCGGGUAUCAGCCAUCAGCAACUAGAGACACUGGCAAUUGACCGGGCCGGAUGGCGUGCGGUGGUGAGAAAGAGUGCCGAGGCUGUGCACAGGGAGUGGGAACAUAGAGAGGACAAACGUGCGAGCCGACGACACGCUGCCACUGCUACCAAGCAGGCCUCAUGAACAAUGAAUGAACUCUAAUGUUAUAUUGGUCUUUCUUUGGACUUCUAUUUUUUUUGUAACAGUCAUGACUUUAGGCUCAAAUCUGUUUUGUCUUGUACAUGUAGAUAGGAAUGAGCCAUCCUGUUCGACCUGCGCAGUUAGUCAUAGUCUCUAGAGAGACUGACUGA